GGGGGAUUGUUUUAUUUCAUAAUCAACAACCACCAUUUGAAUACAAUUAUUUUGUAUUUUAUUUCUCUCCCCCAAACAAUUAUGCAUAUUUUGUAUUUUCUGCCCACUCACUCAUUAUAACUUUAUUAUAAGGGAAGCUGUUGUUCAGUAAGAUCCGAAACUGAUAAUAACUGACAUGCCACCAUUACAGCCAAUCCUAAACGAACAAUGGAAUGAGCAUGUUUAGGGAUUUCCUGGUUACAAUAGAAGGAUGAAUGUGGGCGUGGCUCACAGUGAGGUGAACCCCAACACGCAGGUGAUGAACAGCAGAGGGAUCUGGUUGGCAUACCUACUGCUGGUCACCGUGCUGCACGUCGUCCUGUUGAGCAUCCCUGUCCUCACAGUGCCCCUCGUCUGGACCCUCACAAAUGUCAUCCAUAAUCUGGUGAUGUACUUGUUUCUGCACACGGUGAAAGGAACUCCUUUUGAGACACCGGACCAGGGCAAAGCUCGCUUACUCACACACUGGGAACAGAUGGACAACGGCAUCCAGUUCACAUCCUCACGCAAAUUCCUCACCAUCUCACCCAUUGUACUGUAUAUUCUUGCCAGUUUCUACACCAAGUACGAUGCCACGCAUUUCCUGGUCAAUACAGGCUCUCUCCUCAGUGUCCUCCUUCCAAAGCUGCCCCUGUUCCAUGGAGUACGAAUAUUUGGGAUCAAUAAGUACUGACACAACUGGAUAAUAUCGGAUUUAUAUUUAUGUGUAGUUCACUUCUAAGGUCGAGAGGCGGAAAUGAAGAAGACAUGUUUGGUAACUUCAUGAGCUGUUUGAAGGAAAUUGUUGUUUUUAUUGCACAGUUCAUGUUACCUCUGUGACCAAAAACAAAGGAACCAAAAUGCACUGAAUGCCAAGCUAUAUGAUUAACAGUUAUUGAGUGGCCUCAGCUUUAUUUCACUAUAUUUGUUUUCAUUAUUUAACAUUCAUGAUGUAUGUAUGCAAUGUGCAUGUAUCCUCAAACCAUUCUUCUCUCUAUGGUCAGAUAACAUGUAUUUGCCAUUGUUUUCUAGAAAGAGCUAUAAUGUGAACUUCAUCACCUUGAAAACUAAGUCUUCAUAGAAUUACCUGUAUAUGUCCACACAUUAGAAUGUGUGAUUAGAGAGUUUAGGAUAGUGGCAGCCAUACAAAUAGAAUGGUGGACGUCAUACAAAUAGAAUGUUGGCAGUCUUUGCGAUGCCUUCAAGUUUUCAGUUGGCUGCCACAUUUUUUCAAUUUAGUUUGGUGACCAAUCCAUGUGUAGACUUAUUGGAUAUACAUUUCCAUGUGAGCAUUCUCAAUAAGUGAUAGUGCCUAAAAAUAAACAUUCAAUAUUAGGAUUGA